AAUAAGGAUGAGAAUGAGACAUUUUAAUGGCAGGCCAAAGCACACAUUUUUUGGCAUUUCCAAGAGCUGCCACAAUAACAUGGGGUAAUGACACUCGAUACUGGAGUUGGGCCAACGUGAAUUUAUGCGGCUACCCAACUGAAGAAGCCCGACUUAUUCAAGUAUCUUGGCUAGAUUGUCGUUGGAUGAUGGAUGCAUCUGAUUUCAGACAAGGUAUUCGGUACAAUGCAAACAUUGAAGUAAUGUUAACAAGCAACGCCUCUGGAUGGAAUUUUCCAGUAAACCUUGAAAUCGAGUUGCCAGAUGGGAGUAGGCAAGAGUCUCAAAUAGGAUUGGCAGGCAGACAACCAAAUGUGUGGUUCAAUAUGCCACUAGGUGGAUUCACACUACCUGAUUGUGUGACUAGUGGAACAAUCCGAUUUCGCUUCUUCAACCAUGCAGCGGUUUGGAAAAGAGGCUUGCACAUAAGAGCCCUUGUCAUUCAAGCAUAAAAAUGAGUUUGAAAUGACAUGUUCAAGAAUGAAUAUAAAGUAAUAGAAUAAAACCCUAAAUAAUAAGACUUUUUGCUCUAUUGCAAAAACUUUUAAGUUUAAAUGUGUUAUAUUUUAGCUAUGAAGGUAAAUAUUGAAUAUAUAAUGUAACAAAACAUAAAAAAAUAAAUAAUAUGACCUUUUGCAUAGUAGCAAUAAGGCCAGUUUAAACACUUUAGUAUGUUUUUCAAUAAAAGUAUGUAUUGUGAGUUUAUUCUAAUUAAA